AAUGGAUGGAGAUAGAUCUCCACGUCAGCUUACGUCUCCAAUUUUUAACUCCAAGGACCUGCUUCAAAGAGGCAGGAGCAGACCGUAAGGAGAACCAUGUUAAGAACAGCUUUUCCGGGGAGCCCGAGGUAGAGUAAUGAUGGAUUUUGAUGAGCGAGUUUCUGUGGGCUCUAACAUGUAUUUGCCCAGUUGUACGUACUACGUCUCGGGUCCUGAUUUCUCCAGCCUCCCUUCCUUUUUACCCCAGACACCGUCUUCUCGCCCCAUGACGUACUCUUAUCCGUCUAACCUGCCCCAGGUUCAACCUGUGAGAGAAGUAACCUUCAGGGACUAUGCCAUUGAUGCAUCCAGUAAAUGGCAUCACAGAAGCAAUCUAUCCCAUUGCUAUUCAGCAGAGGAGAUUAUGCACAGAGACUGCCUGCCUGCCUCUGCAACUAGCAUGGGCGAAAUGUUGGCGAAAAACAGCUCCACUGUGUACCAUUCAAGCUCCAACGCAACGUCCAAUUUCUACAGCAGUGUGGGAAGAAAUGGUGUGCUGCCUCAAGCCUUUGAUCAGUUUUUUGAGACGGCGUAUGGAAACUCAGAAAACCCACCAGCCGACUACUCGGGGAACAAAAAUAGCAACAAAUUACCUGCUGCUGCAGUGCUCAGCUCUGAGACAUGCAGGGAGACGGAGGAAAAAGAGCGAGGAGAGGAGAACAGCAGCCCUGAGUCCUCUUCCGGCAACAAUGAAGAGAAAACUAGCAGCAGCAGUAGCCAGCGUAUUCGAAAGAAGAGAUGCCCCUACACAAAAUACCAAAUCAGAGAACUGGAAAGGGAAUUCUUUUUCAGCGUCUACAUCAACAAGGAGAAGCGCCUUCAGCUGUCGCGAAUGCUCAACCUCACCGACCGCCAAGUCAAAAUCUGGUUUCAGAAUAGAAGAAUGAAAGAAAAGAAAUUGAACAGAGACCGCUUACAGUAUUACACCACCAAUCCACUGCUCUAAGACUGUUUAACGCUAUACAUCUUCAUAUGACAGGAAACCAACGUUCUAUUCUGCCGAGACAAAGUCGACGUGCAACUGUUAAUUCAAAUUAUAAAUACCGAACAACACCAACGAACAAUGAGAAGUCCAUUAAAGCAAGAACUGU